UGUGCAUUGUGGGCACGGGCUCCUCCCCACGUGCGGAGCAGAGUCAACAUGGUACCUACAAUCACCGACACACUCAUGUAGCUGACACAGUUUCCUCUGCUACACCUCUGCGCACCUCAUCUAUGGACUGUGUCACACACGGAUGAGAUAGCUAAAGCUGGACAUUGAAGUGUGCAGGUUAGAUCUCUGAGAUCUGCUGCAGCUCCCCCCUCUGAUUCAUCUCCCAUCCCCUCCCUCGCUCUGUCUGCAUCAACAUGGCAAGCGGGGAUGAUGAUGACCCCAUUAUAGAGGAGAUUGAUGUUUACCUCGCUAGAAGCCUUGCAGAUAAGCUGUAUCUCUUUCAGUACCCUGUCCGACCGUCUACUAUGACCUAUGAUGAUGUCAAUCACUUGGCUGCAAGGAUCAAACCGAAGCAACAAAGAGUGGAGUUGGAGAUGGCCAUCAAUGCCAUGAGUCCAAACUACUGUCGCAGCAAAGGAGAACAGAUUGCUCUGAAUGUGGACGGCACAGCUUACGAUGAAACCAACACGUAUACAGCGAAAAUGAUGGAUAAACAGACCUUUUCCUCCAUCCAGGCCACCACCAACACAUCUAGAUAUGCUGCUGCUGUGUUCCGUAAAGGUGAGCUUCACGUCACGCCUCUGACGGGAAUCCUUCAGAUGAGACCCAGCUUCUCGUACCUCGACAAAGCAGACAACAAAACCAGAGAGAGAGAGGCGGCCAAUGAAGGCGGGGAUUCCUCUCAGGAUGAAGCUGAGGAGGAAGUGAAGGCCAUCACGGUGAGGUUUGCUCGUCCUGAGUCGGAGCAGGCCCGGCAGAGGAGGAUUCAGUCGUACGAGUUCCUUCAGAAGAAGCAGGCCGAGGAGCCGUGGGCUCACCUGCGCUACCACGGAGUCAGGGACAGUCGCUCGGAGCACGAGAGGCAGUAUCUGUUCUGUCAGUCUGUGGAUGCUUCAGAGAACUCUGAACUGGUCAAAACUCCCAAGGAGUACCUGGCCAUGCUGAUGCCUCCACUCACAGAGGAGAAAGUCGUGAAGCCGGUUGGGCCCAGUAAUGUGCUCUCCAUGGCUCAACUCCGCACUCUGCCGCUGGGAGACCAAGUCAAGACUCUGAUGAAGAACGUGAAAGUGAUGCCGUUUGCUAACCUGAUGGGCCUGCUUGCCUCUGGCACGGAUUCCACUGCAGUGCUGCGCUGCAUCCAGCAGGUGGCACUGCUGGUUCAGGGGAACUGGGUUGUCAAAAGUGACGUUCUGUAUCCCAAAAACACCUGCAGUCCUCACAGUGGGGUCCCUGCUGAAGUGCUCUGUCGUGGCAGAGACUUUGUGAUGUGGAGAUUCACUCUGGAGCGCUCUGUGAUGAGAAAGGAGAUCACAGCCAUCAUCAAACUUCCUCCAGAGGAUGUGAAGGAGUUCCUGGAGCAUGUAUCGGCUCCUCGGGUGAACCGGGGCUGGGAGUUCCUGCUGCCAACCGAUUCAGAGUUCAUUAAAAAACACCCAGAUGUUGCCCACAGGCAGCACAUGCUGUGGCUCGGCAUUCAGAGCAAGCUGGAAAAAGUGUUUAACUUCUCCAAAGAGGACUUCAUGCCAAAGAAUUCCACUCAGCCUGAGCCUGUCCAUGUGAGCGGGGACCAGCGUCUAAAGAUGGCUCAUGAGCGCGCACAAGAUCACCGCUCAUCCCUACAAAAGGACCUGGACUCCAAACGAGCAGGAAGCAGCGUCCGCAUCAAACAGGAGCCCAUCGGGGCGGGCGAACCCAUGGACACUUCCUCCUCCUCCUCCUCCAUCCCAAACGGUUCCGUCAACGGUUACCCCAGCUCCUCCUCCCCCGGGUUCGAUCACACUAACGGCAACGGGGCCAACGCGUCGUCCCUGGAGCUGCAAGACUUUGUGAAAAAGACUUUUGGGAAGCAUUUUGUACUGACGCUGAACGAGUUUAAAAGACUGCUAAACCUCCACCUGGCCUCCAUGCCGGUUGGUAGGAGCGUCUUCCAGUCCAUCUCAGACCACAUGCUGCAGGAGGCCAUACUGCUCAGCCCGUGUAGACAGAUAAUGGUGCCUUUUCCUGCUCAGAGCACUGCAGCGCCUGACGAACAGAAGGUGUUUGGUUUGUGGGACACCGGAGAGGAUUUCGACACGCAUCGUCGGCUUCUGUACGACGUUUUCACCAAGAACUACCGGGUCAGGAGGAACAUUGUACAAGCCAGACUGGCACAGGAGUUUGAAGACGUCUCAAAGGCAGACAUCGACCGGCUGCUCAGCGAGUGCUGCAGCAGCCACGCAGGGAUGUGGUACCUCAAGGGAACGAUACAGUCGUGACACUGAGAGCCUGCCCCACCCCUCGUCCCUGCGCUCGUGGUCACCGUCAGCCAAUCAAAUCCUCUCCCUGGUGUCCAGUGGGAGGGCAGACAGACAGACGAGAGCCAAUCAUAACUCGCCCAACUCAGAGGGCAGGCGGUUGGAGAACAAAGCAUCAGAAAGUGAAGCUCGUCUUGAAUCAACUGAAGCAUUUCACAUUAAAACGAGAGCUCUGAUGAAGCAUGGAGGAUCGGAACCCAACACACACACACACACACACAGAGUGGAAAACAUGAAGAAAAACAAGAUAUAUAUAUAUAUAUUUACGGUUUGUCACUAGAUUUUUGGAUUUCUGACAUCAUGUUUGAUUAUUUUGAAUUAAACUUUUACCACACCAGGAUGGUGUUUACUAUUGAAAGCAA